CAACUAGUUCGUCGCAAACUCUUCCUUCACUGGCAACUGGCAAGUGGCAAGUGGCAAGUGGCAAGCGGCAACCAGGUACUGCUUCACCCCUUCGUCUUCAGGGAAUACACGUUUUGCUCUUCAAUUCUUGGAUGCUCAACGAGCUCUGUCAGAUUCUGAAACCUGGACUUCACUAACACUACUAUGGUGAACUCAGGACCUUGGGGCAUAUCCCGUAAAUCUCCUUUUCUUCCAGGGUUAUUUACAUUCACCCAUCGUCAUCUCCUGAGCUGUCGUCGAUUUCGGUGUGGAAGCAGUUCGAAACGGCCAAUCGCAGUCCAGUCUAGAGGUUCUUUCCUUUGAUUAACAUCACAGUCCACCAGUGAAGAUUUCACAAUUUGGGUAAUAGGGUUUGAGAGAUUUUGUUAUCUUCAUCGAUCCGUAGCUGUAAUGCUGCAGAGAUGGCGGAGAAGAAUGAACAUGAGCCAUUGUACGAUCAUGAGAAUCAUAUGCAGUCUCUGAACCAUACGAGCCAGAUCGAGGAAGAAGACGAUGGUGUAGAUGGAGAAUCCAUAGACAAUCCGAACAUUCGAUUCGAAGCUCACACGCUUGAAGAUGGUGGUGUAGGGGGCAGCGUCGAUGAAGUCCCUCCGGAUUCUAACUACGUUGGUGGCGCCGCCUCCAGUUUCGUUCUACCGUCACGUGGGGAGGGUAUGGAUCAGCUGACUCUUUCCUUUCAGGGCGAAGUCUAUGUGUUCGAUGCUGUUUCCCCAGAGAAGGUACAGGCGGUUCUGCUAUUGCUGGGAGGGUAUGAAGUCCCUUCUGGCGUGUCUGGCGUGGCAUCUUCUCCGAAUCAGAGGAGUUUGGCUGAGUAUCCCCAACGCUCUACUCUUCCUCAGAGAGAGGCUUCUCUUCAUAGAUUCCGUGCAAAGAGAAAAGAGCGGAACUUUGAUAAGAAGAUUCGAUAUAACGUUAGGAAAGAAGUUGCUCUCAGGAUGCAGCGUAAAAAGGGUCAAUUCACAUCAUCAAAGGUGAGUUCAGAUGAUGCGGGAUCGGCUUCGAAUUGGAAUGGUACAGGACAAGAUGAUUCACAGCAAGAAACUUUAUGCACACACUGUGGCAUUAGUUCAAAGUCCACUCCAAUGAUGCGUCGUGGGCCAGCCGGCCCUAGGACUCUGUGCAAUGCAUGCGGGCUUAUGUGGGCAAACAAGGGAACUUUAAGAGAUCUUUCUAGGACACCGAUAAUUGCGCAAGCAAUUUCUGUGGAAACUCGGGACACUUCAGCAAACCCGAUUGAGCAGGGUGAAGUUAAUGGGUGUGAUGUGGGAACCAGUAGCCAGGCACCACCGACAGAUAUUACUGCUAAUUCCAAUGGAGAUAACUCUGCUGGAACAGCUGAACACAAAUCAACAGUUAAAUGGUAAAGGACAAAGUUUCUCCUCACCCAUGAUGAAGGGAUUCCCUAUUUUAUUGCAAUUUGAUGGAACUCUUUAAGGGUAGUGUCAAACUUCGUACAAUGGAAGGGGGAAGGAGAAUUUUUUACCUUGAUUGUCUCCACUGUGGGUGAAGCGAAACUUUCUCCAGGAACAAAUAUGGAGUAGGAGGGUUUUAAAGCUAGCCUUCUGCUUCCACAAUUGUACGGAUAUUGCUACUUAAUAAGCCCUUAUUUUCCAUUUGGGGAUUCAUAAGCCACCUCCAAGAAGCACAUGGCUACUCCUCCUCUGUAUAAAAAUGGAAUACAAGUAAUGCAGCUGCUUUCUGGAUCUCUUUGCAUUCGGAGAGCCCAUAAUUGGUUCAGUUACUUCAGUUACAUAUUUGUCUGCAACAAGUUCUUUUGUUUUUUCUACUUGAAAUGUAUGGCUGCCUUGUAGUAAUCAAAGUUGGUGAAAAGGAAGUAACUUUAUUUUUUUGCCCUUUUAAUGUGACAUAAUCAUUAUUUUAGUGAGAGUACAAAUUCUAUUAUUAUUUCAUGUGUAUUCAAAAGUGUGCAGGACAAUGAUAAUU